GCUUAAAAAUCACGUUAGUGCUGCUGGAGCUGAAGUCGGGGUUUUUCUCCCUCUUUUUUUUUCCCACUUUGCUCGACUAUCUCACCGAGCAACCAACAUUCAGCCGGCAGAUACGUAGCCAGCAAAAGACCAAAGCCACUUGCUCGAUGACGCGGAAGUUGGAACUCCAUCUGCAAGCCCUCUAGAAUUCGAAAAUGAUCGUCGACCGAUCCAGGAUUGAUGGUCCUCCCGAACAGAGGCUCCCCUGGCAAGCUUGGCCCGUCCGUCCAGUCCAUGAUCGGAGCGGCGGAAUGCUGCCAAGAUGCCCGCCGAGUAUCUGCGGGGGGAGUGGUUGGAUUUCUCGAUCGAAGCACGGUGAUUUGACAAUAUUACGGCCCACCCCAGAGGCGCUCAGUGCUGGCGUGCAUCUUUGCGGCAAUUGUCCUCGAUUGAGCAGUUUGGGAGGUUGUGGCUUGAAGUCGACAGCUGACUGGAAGAUCGCAUGUUCUGAAUCUGGUAUAGCACGUAGAAAAAGUCCGUGAACUGCUGGCCAAGCCGUCAGCCCUGUCUCAGACGGCGACUCGCUGUGAUU